GCAGUAUGUCUACAUACACAUAGAGCUUAGACGUUACGGAUGGCUUUUCAAGCCUGCUUUCUUUUACUAUCUUGUUUACUAAGUCUGAUUAAGCCAUCACUUUUACUCUUCCCUCCGCCAUCUUCUAAAUAUCCUUCCAUCUCUUUUCAUAUUAAUUUCGGUUCAUCAUUAUUAAUAUCGAACAUAUCAGGACUGCAAAAAUGAAUAACAACUCUCGGCAUGAACAACACAACGAGGAAUAUUCAUGGAAACAAAAACAAUAAUUACCUCUGCUGUAGCAAAAACAUUUUAUUUCAUAUGAGAACGUUUUUCAUUACAGUUAGUAUUCCAGUAUAUGUGUGAAUUAGCAGGUUCGUCUGUGAUAUCAAAUAACCCUAGUUAAGGAUGGAAACCUCCAAUUUUGCUAAAGAUUAUGAAGACAUUGUCAAUGAAAUCAAAGACUUUAUUGCUUCUCUUAAUAUUUCAGAUGAAGAGGACCAGUCCUGUACAAACCCUUGCUUCAUUGGCAACAACAAUAGCCAACACCAACUUCAAUCAAGUUCAUUAUCUUCAUCAUCAUCGUUAUCAUCGUCAUCCUCGACCAACAGUCUGUUUACAACCAGUAUUCCAACAUUAUCAUCAUCUACAGUCAACUUUGUCACUGCCAACAGUUUGUACAACUCGACUCUCAAAGCCGGUUUGGUUGGCCCUACUCCUUCUACUUCAACAACUACAGAUACAUCUCAAUCUCCAAACACACCUGACGGAACUAAUAUCAAGACAAGCAACGAUUUCAUCCAAACUUCAAAAGAACCCAAACCCCCAAGUGUCAACCAUACUUUUACCAACGGAAGAAUGGCUGACCAUGUGGGGAUUAACACUGGGACUUCGAAUCCCAAACGAGUCAAAGCUAUGCACAAUUUCAAAGGCUCCAACAAUGAUGAAUUGGUCUUCCAGAAAGGUGAUCUUAUCACGGUAACCCAGGUAGUAGAUGGUGGAUGGUGGGAAGGUACUCUAAAUGGUAAAACUGGCUGGUUCCCAAGUAACUAUGUGAAAGAGUAUAAACCUGAUCCCGUGUCUAGUCCACCAAAACUUACUCCACCUGAUGUCAAAAGUACAUUAGAAAACAACCGAGAAAAUACAAAUUUUUAUCAUAAUGUUGUACUUGAAAAUGUAGUUGAAACAGAAGAGAAACAUGUUGGGGAGAUGCGAACAUUACUUCAGAAAUAUAUUCGACCAUUACGAAACAAUAAUGUAUUAACUCAGGCAGAAUUUAGUCAACUCACUGGUAAUCUUGAAGAGAUUUUUGCUUUUCAACAAAAAUUUUUAUCUUCUUUAGAAGAAGUUAAUAAGCUUCCUUCUGUCCAACGACGUAUGGGCGGAGUAUUUAUGGAACACGCUUCCACUCUAAAAGAACUUUACUUGGUUUACUGUUCUAAUCACCCGUCUGCUGUUGCUAUUUUACAAGCGAAAUGGGAAGAACUUAGCAAAUUUAUGGAAUACCUUGGUGCUCCUGUUCCUGGUGCGAUGACCUUAACUACAAAUCUUUCUAAACCAUUCACACGUCUUGAUAAAUAUCCAAGCUUGCUUAGGGAAUUGGAAACUCAUAUAGAGGAAUGUCAUGUUGAUCGGGGUGACACUCAACGAGCUAUUGCAGUUUAUAGAGAUAUAUCAAAUUCCUGUACUGAAGUUAGAAAGCGGAAAGAGAUGGAGUAUGAAAUUAUCCACAGCAGCAUUAAAGGUUGGGAAGGAGAGGAAAUUACGCAACUUGGUGAAGUUGUCUAUUUGUCACAAGUUAAACUAAUUACACACACUGGUGAAAAAUUGGAUCGCGUAUUUGUUUUAUUCCAGAAUGUACUUGUAAUGUUGUCUUUAGGCCCAAGGUUGAGUGGCUACCAUUAUGAGGGGCAGCUGAAGUUGAGUGGGUUGUCUGUAAAUAAAUCUGAAGUCGAAAAUAUGCCUAAUAGCUAUGAAAUCACUGGUAAUCUCAUCGAUAAACUGACUGUGUUAUGUACCACAAGAAAUGAACUGAACCAUUGGGUAGAAAUGUUGUGUCAACAAAUCAAAAAUUCACAAACAAACAGAUUGAAACCGCAAAGCUUACAGUUGCUGGAAUUAAAGAUCUCAUCUUCACAGCCCAGUAUCAGUAUGCUAACACAGGCAAAAACAGCCAAAAUGACACAGCCACCAUUACAGACCAAAAUGUAUAAAACUUGGAGUAUGUCCUGUUUACGUCCAGCUCCACCCAUGAGGCCUUCUGCAUCAGAAAGAGAUGCUCUGAAAAGUCCGCGCUCAGGAAGAAAACCAGGAAUGAGAAGAAAACCAGAAAUAAAGAAAAAAGCAAUUAUGGAAGAUUUAAAGCGCUCCCAUUCUGAAGACGAAUACGACUACAGGUGGAAACGAUAUGACCCUGUGAAAUCAGAAGAUGACCAGAUAAUCUUGCGAGUAAUUGAAGCGUACUGCACAAGUGCAAAGACCCGACAAACAGUGAAUUCCUGUCUAAAGAAAAACAUCCAAGAGAUGGUUGCUCCAAUUCAGAGAAAUAACAAAUUGCGACUAUGUCCAGUAACUGCUAUGCAGUGGAAACCCAAUAUCAAGGUGCCAGCAGCAAUAUAUAGCCCUCAUGUGCUUAUCGCUGAAGAGGAAAAAAUAAUUGAUGAUGUGGACGGGGAAGAAUUCGUCUUCAAGGAAAAGGGACUGGUUGACACAGUGUACACUUUGAAAGAUCAUCUGAAAGAAUUAAGUCUGGAACAGAAAAAACUGCGCAAAGAUUUGGAUGAAGAAGUAAAAGCAAGAAAGAAACUUGAAAGCAUUUUACCUGUCACUUUGAAGAAUGCUGGUCAUACAACCACCUGGGAAGAGAAUAUGACAUAGUUCUUGUUUAACUACAUGCAACCUAAUUAUCUGUUGCCUCUCUACUUGAAAUGACUGUGCCUGCUCCUUAUGGCUGUUCCUUUUAGUUUCACUUAUCAGUGUCAUGAUGUUAAUGUUCCUUGCUAAGAUUUUUUUCAGAUUAAUGUCUGCAUUUAACCACAGCCAACACACACACACCUACACAGACACCAGUACAUCUGUGUGUACAUGCACAUACACAUGCAUAUAUUUUUCAUUGUGUACAUACAUGUGUAUGUAAAUAUUAUGUGCUUGGUGCAUCAAUGAGACUGAAGAAUGAAUUCACUGGCAGCAGUGUCUUAAAAACAUUGUUGUUGAACAAAAUCAUUCUUUACUUUCAUAAUAUUCCAUGAAUUUAUUUGGAACUUUUUCCUUUUUUUUUAUAUCUUGAAAUCUAAAUAAAUACCUCUUAGCAAUAUUUUUCUUUUCAAAUGUUUGAACCAAUAACUGUUAAAAACUAUGUAAUCUGAGAAAACUAAACCUUCGGAACUCGUAUUCUUUCUGUAAAAAAAGUGUCUGUUGAUAACAAAUAGUACAUUGUAACAGCCAAACAAUUAAGGAAGGUCAAAUACAUUUGUAAGAUUUCUAACCAGAGAUGCAUUGUGUAAUUGGUUAUUGUGAAUGAAAUUUUGUACAUUUUUAAAUCACAUGUAAGCAAUUAUUCAUUUAAAGUACAAAGCAAAUAAAAAUAAAAAUAAUUAAAGAUUUUUCCAUGGAUUUUUUACAUAAUAGAAAACCUCAUUUAAUGAAAGAAAUAUAAUUUAAUCAUUUUCACCAGGGACUGGAAUGUAAUUAAAUAUUUAUUUCAUGUAGUUUGUAUAUUGUUGUUUACUCAAACAUAUUUUAGUUAACAUUUUGCAGAAAUAUUCAGAUAACUUAUGAUAGGUUUGAAUUAAAUAUUAUAAAAAGGAAAUGCUUCCACCCCCUUUGCUGACAAUUGUAAAAUUUUUAUAUUUUCAGAUGACAAAUAGUUUUUGUCUAAAUUUUUAAUAAACAUGUCUUACAGAAAUGAAGUCAA